AUGUUUGCGGGCCAAAUGGCUUGUGAAGCUCUCAAUUUUGGGCUGAAACGGUUGAUACGCGAAGAGAGACCGAAACAAAUGUAUGGGAAAGGAUAUGGCAUGCCAUCAUCACAUUCGCAAUUCGUGGCAUUCUUCGCCGUCUCACUCAGUUUGUUCCUGAUCUUUCGGCACGUGCCUACACCCUCGAUGAGCUAUUCGCCGUCAACGCUCCCAGAGCGACUCCUUCUUUCAGUCCUGGCGUAUGUGGGCGCUGGAGCUGUGGCGGCUAGUAGGGUUUAUCUAAACUAUCACACGCCGAAGCAGGUCUUUGUUGGUGUGGCUGCUGGGGUCAGCUUUGCCAUAGUGUGGUUUGUGUUCACGUCCUGUCUGCGGCGGUCUGGCUGGUUGGAAUGGGGCUUGGACACAUGGCUGUCACGCAGAUUGCGGAUUCGGGAUCUGGUAACCACGGAAGAUCUUCAGGAUGCUGGUUGGGAGAGAUGGGAAACACGACGACAGGCGAGGCGGGGGAUCAAGGCUAAAAGAACGAGUAAGAAAAACCGGUGA